GUGGUGACGUGUCUCUAAACGGUUUCCUCCUCCUCUUCCUCCUCCUCCUCGUCAGUCAGUAGUGAGAUUUUGUGUCUGCUUAGAUUUACACAGUAAAGGAGCACGUAGGUGGACAGUUUGGACAACAUGGGCAUCAAAUUUUUGGAGGUGAUAAAGCCAUUCUGUGCAGUGCUGCCAGAGAUCCAAAAACCUGAAAGAAAGAUCCAGUUCAGAGAGAAGGUAUUAUGGACUGCCAUCACUCUCUUCAUCUUCCUGGUUUGUUGCCAGAUCCCCCUCUUUGGCAUCAUGUCUUCAGACUCUGCAGAUCCAUUCUACUGGAUGAGAGUAAUUCUGGCCUCAAACAGAGGUACCCUGAUGGAGCUAGGUAUCUCACCCAUCGUCACCUCAGGCCUGAUCAUGCAGCUGCUUGCUGGAGCUAAGAUCAUUGAGGUUGGAGACACACCAAAGGACAGAGCCCUCUUCAAUGGAGCUCAGAAAUUAUUUGGAAUGAUCAUCACCAUCGGACAGUCCAUCGUAUACGUGAUGACCGGCAUGUAUGGAGAUCCCUCUGAGAUGGGUGCAGGAAUCUGUCUGCUUAUCAUCAUUCAGCUGUUUGUGGCUGGGCUGAUUGUGCUGCUGCUGGAUGAGUUGCUCCAAAAGGGCUAUGGUCUUGGUUCAGGGAUCUCGCUGUUCAUCGCUACCAACAUCUGUGAGACAAUCGUCUGGAAGGCCUUCAGCCCCACGACUGUCAACACUGGAAGAGGUACAGAGUUUGAGGGAGCAAUCAUUGCGCUUUUCCAUCUGCUGGCCACUCGUACCGACAAAGUGCGUGCUUUGAGAGAGGCCUUCUACAGACAGAACCUGCCCAACCUCAUGAACCUCAUCGCCACAGUAUUUGUCUUUGCUGUAGUGAUAUACUUUCAGGGAUUCAGGGUUGAUCUGCCCAUCAAGUCAGCUCGCUACCGCGGCCAGUACAACACCUACCCCAUCAAGCUCUUCUACACCUCCAACAUCCCCAUCAUCCUGCAGUCUGCCCUGGUCUCCAACUUGUAUGUUAUCUCCCAGAUGCUUUCCACACGCUUCAGUGGCAACUUCCUGGUUAAUCUGCUCGGCACUUGGUCUGACGCAACGUCAGGUGGUCCAGCCCGUGCCUACCCUGUAGGUGGACUCUGUUACUUCCUCUCUCCCCCCGAGUCAUUUGGCUCUGUUCUCGAAGACCCAGUCCAUGCGGUCAUCUACAUUGCCUUCAUGCUUGGAUCAUGUGCCUUUUUCUCCAAGACCUGGAUUGAAGUCUCAGGCUCCUCUGCCAAAGAUGUGGCGAAACAGCUGAAGGAGCAGCAGAUGGUGAUGAGGGGACACAGGGAAACAUCAAUGGUCCAUGAACUGAACAGGUACAUUCCUACUGCUGCUGCCUUUGGUGGACUGUGUAUCGGUGGUUUAUCAGUAAUGGCUGACUUUCUCGGAGCCAUUGGCUCUGGCACUGGUAUCCUGCUGGCUGUCACCAUCAUCUAUCAGUACUUUGAGAUCUUUGUGAAAGAACAAAGUGAAAUGGGCAGCAUGGGGGCCCUGCUCUUCUAGAAAAGCCAAUAUCCUCCCACCUUCUACCAACUUUUAUUAGGAUCACCAACUUUGCAUUUAUUUUACAUCUAUGUGAAGCUCCUACAUCGUCAGCUCUCCACUUUCAGGAUGUCUUAGGAAUCUUCAGGAAUCUCAGCUGAAAUGGGACUUUGCGAGAUGGUGUGGCUACACAGCUUGCUGCUCCCACCGUGUAUCUUCCAAAGUAAAACAAAGACCAACAUUUCAGAUGUACUUCAUCAGAUUUUCUAACUGACUCAAGUUUAUAGCUCCCUAAGAUUCACUUGUGUAUGAGAUGAAGGGAGUUUAGCCCUUUUUUCAGACUGACAAUAUAGCGCUUCAGUGUGCAGGCAUACUCAACACGGAUAAUGGUGGCCAACUCCCUGCUGUGUGCAGAAAUGCACUCGAUGUUCUGCUUGGUGUUAUCUUAGUUUUUACUUUUACCUUUUUAUUUUAUUUUUCUUUCAACCUGCCAAUUAUCUGAAGGUGUGGAACACAAGCUGAACUGUCAAACGCUGAGUCAAGUACUGUCAUUUUCCUGAUUUGUGACCCUGCGCUAAGUUAUUUAAACAGGGUCUUGUAAGAAGAGGAUGGGGAGCUCACAUUGGGGUCCACCUGUCAAAAAUAUUGUUCAACUUAUUUUUGUCAUCUGAACCAUUCAAAAAAAAAAGGGUCCUUGCUUUUUUAAUGAAUGGCAUUCCCAGGGAGCGGCAGUAUUAACCCUCACAUGUCAGAUUCUUUUGUUUUGUUUUUUAAUUGUCUGCUCUAAGCAUCCUUGCAUUGAUUGCUUUUCAACACCUGGAAAAAAAAUUAUGAUUUUCUGUACAUAGGCCAUGCAUUGAAUAACUUUAAAUUUCUCUUAAGUGUAAGAUAAAGUCUUUUGAAUAUGUAAAGAAUAAAUGCAUUUCAGAACAAACUUAUAGAAAAACAUUCUCAAUAAAACCCUUUUGUGGAAAAAGACGAAA